AUGGGUCGGAAUGGUCAAGUAAUGAGGAAGGAGUACGCUUGUUACAAAGAAGGGGCGAGGAGAAAUUCUGAGGCCACUUCACGGCUUCAGGGUUUAACUAGAGAAGGUUGUGAUGCAAAACUUGUUGUCGUGAGAAAACGUGAAGUGUUUGUUGUAUCCAAAUUUGUCAAGGGUCAUAACAACGAGCUUACGACGCCAAGAAAGGUGCAUUUGUUGAAAUCUCAUCUUCAAGUGUCAGUUGCACAAAAAGCUUUAACGCAACAAUUAUCAGCUGCUAAUGUGUCAACUUACCAACAAAUAAGUAUUUUUGAGUUGCAAGUUGGGGGUCUUGAAAAUGUUGAAUUUUUACCACAAGACCUUUAUAAUGAUAAAAGAGAUAUGAAGAAUGUAGUACAUGGACAUGACGUGAACAUGUUGUAUGAGCAUUUCGAGAAUGAACAACAAAAGAAUCCAGGCUUUAGGUUUACAUUCGAGAGAGAUGACAAGGAUAGAAUGACUCAUUGUUUUAGGGCGGAUGCGACCUCUAGAAAGUCAUAUCAAUAUUUUGGGGACGUGGUAGUAUUUGAUACUACAUACUACACAAACAAAUAUUUUUUGAUUUUUGCACCUAUAUUGGGGGUCAAUCACCACAGGAAGACACCAUUUAUUGGGUGUGCAUUCUUGAGUGACGAAAAAACUGAUUCGUUUGUGUGGUUUUUCAAUGAAUGGUCAAAAGCGAUGCCAGGUGGACCACCCAAAAUGAUCAUAACUGAUCAAGAUCCGGCAAUGACAAAAGCAAAUGCUUGUGAUCUUCCGAAUAUGUUUCAUAGAUAUUGCAUUUGGCAUAUUAUAAGUAAAUUUUCUGAAAAAUUGGGUGCACUGUCAUAUAAGGAACAUUAUGAUGAGUUGAAGAAAUGUAUAUGGAAUUCUGAAACACCUGGAGAGUUCGAUGCAAGAUGGGCUAAUAUUGUAGGAAACUCUAAAUUGUCCAACAAUAAAUGGUUGUAG